AAGAUCUGUACCAAAUAUUAACAAUAUUAUUAAUCAACAGCAGUAACUUGCAUCAAAAGCCUUUAACUAACAAGUGCCAAAAAAUAACAGUGAAAAAAAGUAACCCGUUCCAACAGUGAUAUUAGUGCCGUGAUAAUCGCCAGUGAAUUCGGAACAGUGCAGUUUCAUUCUGGAUAUAUGAAUGUUGCGUAUAUUGAUGCUACAAUGUGAAUAUGGCGUUCAUUGGCCCGAGGAACAGUGCGCCGGUUAUCAGGGAUAGUCUGCAUACCCCGGCUUAUGAGAUAAAGUUGGAGAGUGUCCUCGGUCUCACUGUUGGCAGUAACGCAGCCCUCGACUGUGAUCCUAACACUGAGCUCGUCGCUUAUCCUGCAGGAUGCACGGUAGUACUCUACAAUGUGCGAAAGAACAGACAGACACAUGUGCUCAACGCGUGUCGGAAGAGUGUCACCUGUGUGGCGUUCUCCCCCGACGGGAGGUACCUGGCUACGGGGGAGUGUGGACACGCCCCUGCUGUCAGGGUGUGGGACUUACAGGAUCCCACAGCGUCGGGUGCGGUACAAAUAGGGGAAUUCAUUGGACAUACGCAUGGAGUUAGUUGUGUGGCGUUCUCCACAUCAUCGAAAUACCUCGUGUCGAUAGGAUCCCAACAUGACAUGAUAGUAAAUGUUUGGGAUUGGCGCGCUAACCUGAAGCUAGCUAGUAAUAAGGUGUCAUCUCGCGUGAAAGCAGUGAGUUUCUCGGAGAACGGCAACUACUUCGUGACGGUCGGCUUCAGGCACGUCAAGUUCUGGUAUCUCGAGUACUCCAGAAGUGCUAAGUUUAAAGAGCCAGUCCCCCUAAUGGGCCGCUCAGCCAUCUUAGGCGAACAGAAGGACAACGAGUUCUGCGACGUAGUGUGCGGCCGCGGCGCCUCCGCCGACUCCACGUACGCCAUCACCAGGGCUGGUCUACUCUGCGAGUUCAAUAGUAGACGGCUACUGGACAAAUGGGUCGAACUGAGGACAACAUCAGCGAACUGCAUGGCGAUAGGCGCGAACUACAUCUUCGUGGGCUGCGCCGAGGGCAUCGUGCGCUGCUUCGCGCCGGACUCGCUGCGGUAUAUCACUACGCUGCCUAGGACACAUUAUCUAGGCGUCGAUGUGGCUCAGGGGACUAAUAUUAGCCACAUGUUCACGCAGCCACAAAACGCGCGGUACCCGGAUGCCGUAGCUCUGACCUACGACGAGCGAAACCACAAGCUGACAUGUGUAUAUAAUGAUCAUAGCUUGUACGUGUGGGAUGUUAGAGAUAUUAAGAGGGUCGGCAAGUCCCAUUCAGCACUUUACCACUCAGCCUGCAUAUGGGGGGUAGACAUGAACAGCAACGAACGCCCCCUCCCCCCCGGUACCUUCCUCACCUGCUCCAGCGAUGACACGGUCCGGCUGUGGCAGCUGACCCCAGCACCCACCAACAUAUACAGCAACGAGCUGAACAAAAUAUUCUACAUAGACCCCGAGCUGAAAUUCCUGAAGGAUGUCGACCUCACGGCCACUAAUGAUAAGGAUAAGUCCAAGUCCUACGACGAUAAGACUGGAGUCAGAUGCGUCCGAGUAUCUCCGGACGGGCAACACGUGGCGGCCGGAGACCGCGCCGGCAACGUGUGGGUUCACGCAGCCACCGGCGCUCUACUACAUACACUAGAAGCUCAUGACGCUGAAGUGUUGUGCUUGGAGUACGCUGCAAGACCUAGGCUGCUGGCUUCUGCCAGUCGGGAUAGGCUGAUACACGUUUUUCAAGUGGAUAGGGGUUACCAAAUAAUGCAGACACUAGACGAGCACUCGUCUUCCAUCACGGCGGUGCGGUUCCUGAGCUCCGGCGCUGGACUGCAGAUGGUGUCUUGUGGGGCGGACAAAACUAUAUUGUUUAGGCAGUUGAGACAUUCACAAGAUGGCGGCUAUCAGUUCCAGCGAGGUCAGAACGUUUCGGGUCGUACUACACUUUACGAUAUGGAAGUAGAUGCGGGCGGCAGACAUAUACUUACUGCUUGUCAAGACCGCAAUGUUCGAGUAUAUAGUGCCGCUCACGGUCGGCAUACGAAGACGUUUAGGGGCACUACGGCUGAAGAUGGAACGCUAAUAAAGGUGGCGCUAGACAACAGCGGCAUCUACCUAGCUACAUCCAGCACGGACAAGAUACUCAGCGUGUACGACUACUACUCCGGCGAGUGUAUGGCCACCAUGUACGGACACUCCGAAAUCGUUACUGGACUUAAGUUCACCCCUGACUGCCAGCAUUUGAUAUCAGCUUCAGGAGAUGGAUGUAUCUUCGUGUGGCGCGUACCACAUGAUAUGGUCGUCACCAUGAGAGCCAGGCUCGCUCAGCAGGCCAUACGACAGGGCAAGAAAGUCACAGCCCCCAGUAACGGCAUGUCAGGUUUGGACAGCGAGAGUGACUCCCACUUCGGGUCGCCGCCGCGGGAGUUGCCUUACGAAGAGAAUAAGUUCACUACUCCCGUUGUACCUGAUUAUACUCUCCGCAUCGGGCGUCUGCCGACGUGGGCUAAGAAAAGCCUCGGCGACGAAGCGGUGGCCGGCGAAUCGCCCGCACCUGACCCGCCCGCUAGAGGGAAGUGGGCCACUAGGAUUAAUCCUAAUACAGAAAAACGCGGUGACUCCGACGGUUCCAAAGACAGUUCACUGGACAGCGGCACCGACACUCGAUACAUAGAGAAGAGAAAAGACGCCACUAGUGUCAAACAGAGGCCGAAAUCGCUGAAUCUAUCUCAACUGCCUCGCGUCGAAGCAUUAUUCAGGAAUUUCGAUGCGACCAUGAGAAAAACAUACGAUAUUCUCACAAUAUCUCCGAGGGUUGAAAAGGUUACGAUUAAUUUGUCGAAAAGUCGCGCGACUGAGACGCGGACGCGACAUCACACCGACGAUUCGUCGCUCGGCAGUUUUAAGUAUGAGGACCAGGAGUCCACAGAACACGACGGUGAUAUAGAAGACAUUUCCGAUGGUGAGAGGACCUCGUCUUCGGAGCGCGGCAACAGGACUACCUACUAUCCUGGCAAUAAUGAUGAUGAGACGCCUGGCGAAUUCAUGGUAAACGCAAUGGACGCUGAAGAGCUUCGGGAAUCGAUGCGUCGCUCUAAGCGGUGGACGGGAGAGGCGCGGCUGGAACUGCCCCCCCCUCACGCCAAGCUCAGCGGCACUCCUCAGGACUCUGAUGAUGAUGAGGUUUCAACGCCAUCAGGCGACAACACAGAACGCAAUCCACUCUCCGGUUCGUGUGAGUCACUGGACACGGCGGGGCGGCGCGAGAAGUAUAUCAAGUCGGCCUUCGACAGCCUCAGUGGCGCUGAGAUGGAUGCCACACUCACUGGAGGGAACACAUCGCUAUCAGCGCAGCACUUAUCCCGCGCCCCCGCGCCUCCCCCGCGUCCGUCUCCGGCGCCCCGCACCCCUCGCACCCCCGACCCCGAGGCCGCAAGACGGAGGGAGGAGCUCAACAGGAGGAUAUUGGAGACGAGGAGGCAGUUGGAGAGCGUGGCGUUCAGAUCCAACUUAAAAUCCAGUCAGUCCACCACAGAUCUAUCUUAUAUUCCUGAAAAGGAUAGCUCAAGACGCAACCGCCCAGUUUCUAUGGCGAUCCCAUCCAAUUCUAGGCCUUAUGCGAAUCGCAACCAACUGUCGGCUUCGGACCGAGAGGAAGAGACCACGGGUAUGAGACGAGCUAUCUCUCUGUCAGACCUCGCCGCCAAACCUAUGCCGGCGCCGAGGACACCGCAAGCUUCUUCAAAACCUUCGACUCCUCAAAACGGUAACAACAGCAAAUCCCCGGGGAACUUCGUGCGACCGGCGCCGCGGUAUAACAACAAGUCUAACAUGACUCGGAGCUCCAGUGUCGGUGUUUUAAAUCAGAGCGACUCAGAAUCCGAUCCCCAACCGUCUCGCCAGCAGUCUUCAAGGCCUCAAGGCCUGAUGAGGCCCACGAUAUCGUCGAUGAACAAGGCCGCUGCCAACACUGCGAGAAGACGAGGACUGGCCAACGCUUAUAGUGCGGUGAGCCUCGCAACCGGCGCUAACGAGGAGUCCAGCUCCGAAGCCGACGAGAGAAACAACGGCGAGGGUCCCGUGGCAAGACCUAGGGCUUCUUCCGUUGACCACAGCCAGAGGAGGAUCGGUCGUAGCGGCAGCGAGCGCGACCUGUCGGCGAAGGCGCGGGAGGUGACCGCGAGACUGACUUCCAACACGCGGCAGAGGCCCAAGGAGACGCCUGCUGAUGCUAACUUAUCGUCGUCGCAGCUAUGUUCAGCUCUGACGGAACAGCUGACGAAGACGGCCUGCAAGGUGGUGCAGCUCUACGCCAGCUUGCAGCGGGAGCCCAACGCUGCCGCUGACAUCAGUGGUCUAGAAGCAGCCAUACUAGAAACUCAAAAAGUCCUCCGAAGCGCCGUCAACCGCACUCAGAACGGAGACCAAGCGUUAAGCAGUCUAUCUUCCACUGACGGAGAGUACCUCAAUGUGGACAGCACCAGGCAUAAGCUGCAGCAUCUUGUGUCUAAAGAAGCAACAAACACAAGCAACCCAGCGAUGUCUUUAAUAGAGCAAUACUCAGAUAUUCUUCUAAAUAUGAUGCAGACUAAGAUGGUCAACCAGUUCUCACAGCCGCAGAGCCUACCACCAAACACGAGGGAACCGGGCAACGAGAGCUAGUAGCGGUAAAAACGGCAAUAAAACUUUGGUAGAAAACGGAUAAAACUUUGGUAGAAACCGGGAAAACUUUGGUAGAAACCGUGAGAGUUUGGUAGAAAUCGUGUCAGAGCUUAAAAAGUGUUUUGUGACUAGAAAUGUGUGAUUUUUGGAAAAUGUGUAGUGACUGUGUCCCGGGUUUAUUGUAUGAACUUUAAAAAAUAAGCGUUAUAAUCUUUGGUAUUAUUGUUGUAACCAAAAUCGACCUUUUUAACUAAGGUUUUAACCAAAAUGUAAUAGUAAUAAUAAUUAACUAUUAUUAAAUGUGAAAACGAUUUGUGAAAACUACAUCUGUCCAUGGUAGAAAAUCGACUAAAUAAUCGAGUCGAAAUAAAAAAUAUCGAUGUGAAAAGUCGAUUAGUUCUAUCGAUAUACGUCGCUUAUCGUUAAAGAAAGUGAUAUUUAAGUAACUUUAGUAAAUAAUAAGACCUUUUUAAGUGUAAUUGGAAGUCGAAAAAGUCCUUUGAAAGACUAAUUAAUUUGAAAUAUUAGACACUUGAUAUGUAUUCGUUUUUCAUCUGAUUUUUUCUUAUAUAUUUUUCAGAUUUUCUUAGUACUUUGACUUAUUUUAUAUCUAUGUAAUCUAUGUAUAAAUUUAGGUAUCAUCAUCUGCCUAGCCUAUACUCAACUAUUAAAAUAUCUUCUAUUUAAAUUAACUAGGCUUCUAAAGAGACAUAACCCAGAAUCGAGAAUGACGUUAUAAAAAAUGUAAAUAACGAUUUUAAAUGAAAUAAAAUACUAAUCUAAGUCGAAAUAGUUACAUUUGUCAAUUUUUAAAAUGAUAGUCGCUGUUUUGUAGCGACGCCGCCAUCUUGAAUAUUUAAACUUAAAACAACGCCAUCUGUGUUUUGAAAUAUGAACUACAGGCGUUUGGAUGUAACGUGUACUUUGUUGGUGUAAAAAUAUUUGGGUAAUCUUAAAAUACUCUUAUAUUAUAAUAAAAAAAAAAAACAUCUUUUGCAAUUUUGUUAUAUAGUCAACUAUUUCCUUCGGUUUCACUCGCGUAUUGAAAGAUCAGUUUUCAAUACUGGACCCUAAAGUAACCUUCGAAGGUAUGGAAUACCACUUGCCAUCAUCGCCACAAACAUUACAAACAUUACAAACAAACUUCCGUUCCUCUUGUAUUUGUAAUCCCAACAUCCCUUGGCAAAAGGAGUUCACGACCAAGUGAGAUAAAAAUUACUUACUAAAAUCUGGCAAUUAAAGUAUGGAGUUGGUAUCCGCACAUGCGUUCCAUGAUAUACAAAAAAAAUACUAGAAGGAUUUUGACAGAACUUUUUUUUAUGAAAAAAGUUUAUCGUCGAAUCUACUUUUUUGAUAGUCAUUUGAAAUGGAAAUAAUUUGAAGGAAUUAUAAGCAUGUAGGCUUACAACCUACAGAGGUAUUUUUUCCUAUAUUUCCUUAUUGCCAUUCUAUUCAAUUCUAAAUGAUCUUAGCGAGAUUCCCCCAGUGUGCGGCACUGUGACGCACACAAAUGUAUCUUCUGGUGUAUUCGCUCUAGCAAACAGUAACACAUUGCGUGCGAACAUUUCUAAAAUGUCCGCGAAACUGCAACCGCCGUGCUCGAACACAUGCUAGCUGUGGGCUUAAGCCGAGGCGUAAUUUUUUGGUUGAAAUCCGGCAUAAAGAGCGAAAUAAUAAACGAUUGAAUUAUAAUUAUUGCAUUUAAAUUAUCAUUCCAAAUAUUUUGAAUUUAUUAGUAACAAAAUAUUGUUUUUAAUAAUAACAUUCUGAUUAUAUGUAUAAAAACUUUUGACAUUUAAACUAAUUGAUUUUUCAAAAUUUAAUUACAUGAUAUAAUUAUGUCUAUCUUUACGUCUUUAAACAUUUAAAAAAUGUAUAUCGAUUAAUCCGUCAAGUAAUAAUUACCUACUAAUUUGUUUGAUAUUUGUAAAUUACAUAAUUAUUAUAGUGAAUUUGAAAAAAUGCGUUGAGAAGUUUUAACUUCUUUUAAAUUAUUUAUCAAAAUAUUAGUUAAUUUUUGAUAUUAUUAUAAAUUGAAACUAAAAAUAUUUUUGACUGAAAAUAUAACCAUUCCUCAAUUAUUUUAAUCACCAUAAUAAAGCAUUUAUUUAAACUUUCACAGGUAAAUACCGAAUAAAUUAAGAAGUUCAAAAUUAAAAUCCUAAAUUGUAUAUCAAGAUACAUCAAAAAAUGUAUCAGAAUUCGUCAAAAAGCUUGCUACGAAUCUUAAAUGGCGAUGCUUAUCACAUUUCUACGAAAUCUCGCAUAUUUGAGUAAUGCGAUGUCUCCCUCGUCAUUUCAUCCUCCGAGCCUUUUUCCCAACUAUUUUGGGGUCGGCUUCCAGUCUAACCGGAUUCAGCUGAGUACCAGUGCUUUACAAGGAGCGACUGCCUAUCUGACCUCCUCAACCCAGUUACCCGGGCAACCCGAUACCCCUUGGUUAGACUGGCGUCAGACUUACUGGCUUCUGACUACCCGUAACUCCCUCGUCAUUUGUGGGACCUAAAAACAAAAUGGCGCAUUUAACACUACAAAACAAAUUGUCAUAUCCAUGUGAAUAUUUAAUACACUUGAAAUCACAUUUCUUUAAUAAUUUACCUACUUAAACCAUGUAUAAAGUAAAUACCUAAGUUUGUGUUUGUAUGUAAAAAAAAGUCACAAAGUUAAAAAACCUGUUUUGUAAUUUUUUUUCUAUGUGUAUCAUUUCAAUUAUAGGGGAAAACUGUUGGGAAUUUGUCAGCGACUAAACUAUGCGUCCAAAGAAAUGUAUGUAAUAUCACAAUUUAGAUAUACAUAUUCCCUUGUAAAUUUUUGUGAAGCUACCUUCGUAAAAAUGACACUCUCGGUUUUUCUCUCGGUGCAAUUGAUAUACAAAAAAUCCAAAAUGCACACUCAACGUCUCAAAAACGUCCUCACCAAAUGAGCGUAGCAUUCAAAAUUGUGCGCUCAUUUCUUUGUCCUAGUCGACCACUUCGGUCGUAAAAUUUUAUUGCUUUAACUUCAGUGCGUUGUAAUAACGACUUUAAACAAUUCGCGUAAAGUUGAACUUGCAAUAACAUAAGCUUGUACCGUAUAGAAAGAGACAGAGUUAGUGGUUGAGGUCACUUUCGAGCGUAACUUUUAUUCGAGACUGUAUCUGGGUUUUUGUAUAUAUUGAUAUACAGUCAGUACUAAUUGUCGUGCAUCCAGCACAUGCGUGUGAGUGACAUUGUUACGAACGUUAGUACAAAGCUUCACAACUGUUUACAAGAGAAUGUAUUGAAACUGUGGUAAUAUUGUAAGGUAUCACAGAAAAAAUGUCUGGGUAUGGUCAAAACUUAAUUUGUCUUUGACAUAAUCUUGAUAUUGUUACAUGUUUGAAAAAGUCGCUUAUUUUAAACCUCUGGCUAAUUUAAUAUUACUUUCUAAGCAGUCUUUUGGGUUACAUGUAAAUAUUUCUGUCCCUGUCUUACUUUUAUGUUUCACAGUUUUUAGACAGAGACAGCAAUAUAUAAAAUUAAGUAAGUUGUAUUUUUUGUAAAUAUAUGACUCAAUUGUGUUUAUAGAACACUUGUACCACAAUUAUGAAGAAAUGUCUAGUUUAACAUUUUAUUUAUAUUAAAAUUUAUUGCCAUCAGCGGAAAAGACUAAUUUUAAUACUAUUAUAAAUAAUUUCUAAGUUUAUAUUUGUUUUCGUGUCUUAUAAUUUUUAAAGUGGACUCUGUAAUAUUUGUUCUUUCUUUUGUAUAGCGAAACAAAGCACACUAAUUUUUAAUUUAGGCGAAAUAAAAUUAUAUUGAAUUUA